AUGGCCGGGCGUUGGAUCUCCACAACUUGUGCCAACCACUUGUCGGUGCAGGACGCAAUGUGGCACGAAGCGGUGCAGUCGGCUCAUGGAAACGGCAGCUGCUCUGUGGACACCCUUCAACGCAUCUCGUGGAGCCGACAGUGUUGCAAGUCCUACCCAGCCAACGCCUGCAACAAAGUUGCCAAGAGGAUGACGCCCUGCAGAGACGAGGCUGACUUCCAGCCGGGCAAGAUUCGACAGAACUACUGCGUCCUUUUUGACCAGCCUGAGAAUGCUAGUUGCACUAGACACGGUUGCAGAUGGAACAAUGCCCGCUGUGACUGUAGUGACCAAGAAGGCUGUGCGUCUUUGGCCGGGCGUUGGAUCUCAAACACUUGUGCCGACUACUUGUCGGAGCAGGGUGCAGCGUGGCACAAAGCAGUGCAGUUGGCUCAUGGAAACGGCAGCUGCUCUGUGGACACCCUUCAACACAUCUCGUGGAGCCAGGAGUGUUGCAAGUCCUACCCUGCCAACGCCUGCUAUAAAACCUUGAAGAGGAUGACGCCGUGCAGGGACGAGGCAGAUUUCCGGCCGGACGCAAAUAACUGUAGCAUUCUCCUGGCGGAGAGGGAUCCAGAAUCUUACCUAUGCGAAAUAGGGUUUAGGGUUCAGGGAUACUACUCCCAAUUAUGGAGAAUCAAAUGGGAAAGGAUAUGGAGACUUAACUGGAAACUAAGGUUAUUUAGGGGUAUACUGGACCUUAGCAGUCAAUGGAGGAAUUGA